GAAGCGCGCUUUCUAGUCAACAGUCUUCUCUGACCAUUUCUACACUGCUUCCGACUGUCAUCAAUUCAAAUCCCAGCAGCUCCGGCAACUCAACAAACAAAAAACCGAUGAGUAGCGGCAGCGGCGGUGGCGGAGGCGGCGGAGGUCAACCGGCGACGCACUCAUUGGCGUUUAGAGUGAUGCGUCUCUGCCGCCCGACGCUCCACGUCGACAAUUCCCCUCUCAAAUUCGACCCCUGCGAUCUCCUCUUCGGCGAGGACCUCUUCGACGAUCCAAUCGCGGCUUCGCACCUCCCUCGCCUCCUCGGCGGCCAAUCGAACGCCGCGGCCUUAGAUCCGGCCGACCUCAGCUACCGCGGCAGAUUCCUCCUUCACCAACCCACCGAUUCGCUCGGCCUCCCCGGCCUCCUCGUCCUUCCCCAAUCCUUUGGAGCGAUAUAUUUGGGGGAGACGUUCUGCAGUUAUAUAAGCAUCAACAACAGUUCCAAUUUUGAAGUCCGAGACGUUGUGAUUAAGGCUGAAAUUCAAACAGAAAGACAAAGACUGCUGUUGUUGGAUACAUCAAAGUCACCUGUUGAGUCAAUACGUGCUGGUGGACGUUAUGAUUUCAUUGUGGAACAUGAUGUCAAAGAGUUGGGUGCGCACACGUUGGUGUGUACAGCACUUUACACUGAUGGCGACAAUGAGAGGAAGUAUCUCCCACAAUUUUUCAAAUUCAUGGUUUCAAACCCUCUCUCAGUCCGGACUAAGGUUCGCAGUGUGAAGGACACAACAUUUUUGGAGGCCUGCAUAGAAAACCAUACAAAAUCUGACCUUUACAUGGACCAAGUUGAGUUUGAGCCAGCACAAUAUUGGAGCGCAACAGUCCUCAAAGCUGCCAAUCAUGCUUCAGAGGCUAGCUCAUUAUUGAGAGAGACUUUCAAGGAACCUGUUCUCAUCAAAUCAGGAGGAGGAAUCUAUAAUUAUCUCUACCAAUUAAAAUUCUCAUCACCUGAUAAUGCGCAAUUUAAAGCUGAGAGCAGCAAGAUUCUUGGCAAACUUCAGAUAACAUGGCGUACAAAUUUGGGUGAGCCAGGUCGCUUGCAAACUCAACAUAUUCUUGGUAAUCCUGUUACUCGGAAGGACAUCGCGUUGCAUGCUGUGGAAAUGCCAUCUGUGAUUAUUUUAGAGAAAUCGUUCUUGGUAGGCUUGAAUCUCACAAAUUUGACGGAUCGUGUAUUGGGGCCCUUUCAAGUAUGGGUAUCGGAAGGCGAUUCACCAGAUGGGAAGGCUGUUAUGGUCAAUGGUCUUCAGACAGUGACUCUUGGAGAGGUACAACCACUUAGCUCAUUAAAGUUUCAGUUGAAUUUGAUUGCUGUCAAGCAUGGGAUACGGAAAAUCAGCGGCAUUACAGUUUUUGACACAGUAGAGAAGAAGACUUAUGACUCACUUUUUGAAAUGGAGAUAUAUGUUGAUUUAGAGUGAGAGCUUAGUGCAUAUGAAUGCAGCAAGGAUAUGUUGAGUGUCUGCAUCGGCAAGAACAGUUGAAGAAUUUUGGUUUCUCUAUAAAUGGCCCAUGUUGCUGCUGGGCAUACAUCAUACUCGUGCAAAUGGGCAUCAAUUUUUCUUUUCUUGUGAAGAUGUUGUAAAUGUAAUUUUAAUCAUUUUCGUUGCUGCAAUAUCAACCUACUAUAUCCAUUAUAUCUCUUCGUUUGACUCUUCGCCAAAUUUGGUACACUCUACUUUUACGAAUACCCAGAUUUCAUAGUA